AUGGCUAAAAAAACAAUAAGAAAGGAUCAAUUUACGGUAUGGAUAAGAGAAGAAAAAAUUGGUUUAUUACGAGAAAAUUCGUUAUUAUGGAGAGUUAAACAUGCAAAAAGAAUGGGUGAAGAUCCUAAUCGACAAAUCAGUACAGCGGGUCAUCUAGUGCUAGUGAAAACUAAAAUUGCAUUAAGUAAAUUAGGUCCAGCUAUACUUGAAGUUCUAUUCAUUGAGAAUCCACUGAAUGAAUUGGUUGCUGCAUUAAAAGAAGUUAGCAAUGAAACGGUUCGAGGAUUUCUUUCCGAUUUGCGCUAUUUGCUUGUGAGUGAAUCAGAUGCGGAAAUUUCAGAUAUAGCAUUUCUAUUAUCACAUACAUCUUUAUUAACUGCAUUUUCCUAUAGAAGUCAACAGAAAGGUACUAGUGAUGAAGAGUUUGAAGGUUUAUUCCCGGCGCUUUCAGAUAUACAGAUUCGUUUAAUUGAUUUAAAUGGAAGUUGUCCAACGAAGGAAAUUGAAUUGGUUAUUAAAAAUUUAAAUGUACGAUUGGUGCGAUUUCACCGAUAUCCUGGUAUAAAUGUAGAAACAUUUGAGAAUACAAAAAUAUUGAAUUCUGCGGUUGAAUUUGUUGUUGCACAAGGUGUACAUCCUGGUGUUGAAAAUAGUGGGAUGAGAUUUUUAAAACAUUUAAAGAAUGUUUUCCCAGCAAUGAAAAAUAUUUAUUGGGAUUGGAGUAUGAUGAUGCCAACCUUAACAUGUGUUAAUGAUGAGGUUUUGGCUUGUCUAAAUGAAUUAUUACAACUAUAUAAAGAAAUGGAAAUGAAUUUGUUAGCCAUUCUUUUCUUCAUGUCAAGCGAAGGAAGUGAAGAAAUAAUGGAAGAAAUUUGGAAACAUUUGAGAACAUUUAAUUUACCAAAUGCUCAAAUGAGGAAAGUAUUAAGAGAUGACAAGCCAAAUUACUGUCCACCAUAUAUGUUCUUCAUAGCUGGGACAUCCGAAAAAAUUAGGCGUUUAGAGAAGAUUGUUUGCGAGGAACGAAUUGUUGAACCAGAUUUACGACAUUUUCUUUAUAUUCAAAAUCGAUCAAUAAACAUUUACAAAAAUGAUAAUAUUUAUGAAUUUAUGGGAUUUGAUCAUGAAAUGAUGACUGAAUGA